AUGGCUGUCCCCUCCGUCGUGACAAUCCAGCCGCAGUACGGCAUGGCCGUGCCCGCUGCCUCAAGGAACAUGUGGCAAACGGGGCUGAUGGACUGCUGCACCGACUGCAGCGUCUGUAUUUGCGGAGCCUUCUGCUUCCCCUGCCUGGGGUGCCAAGUGGCCGGGGACAUGAACGAGUGCUGCCUGUGCGGGACCAGCGUGGCCAUGAGGACCCUCUACCGCACCAGAUACAACAUCCCGGGCUCCAUUCUGAGUGACUGGAUCUCCUUCAUGUUCUGCCCCAUGUGUGCCCUCUGCCAGCUGAAGAGAGACAUCAACCGGAGGAAGGAGAUGGGCAUCUUCUGGUAA